AUGAAAUAUAUCGUCUUUACCGCAAUUCUUAUCGUUCUACUUGCUGUGUUGUCUGUCAGCGCUCAGGAAACAACUAUAACUGAACCUACUGGAGUAUAUAAGAGGGAUGAUAAUCGUUUCGGAAAUAUAGCACUUAAAGUGAUAACUACAGCAUUGCCUAUCGGAGUAUAUAAGGAUAAUUUCGGAAAUAUAGUAUUUAAAUCGACAACUCCAGCAGAACCAGCAGCAACAACAUCGACAAUUGGGACGACAACGACCACAGCACCCGACCCAAUUGCUCAAUGCAUUGAACAACGGCAAUGCGGAAGUGAUCAAAAAUGUCGCGCUGAAUGUGCCGGCGUUCCUGAUCCAACCGAUACCCAAGCCAACGCAACAAAUUAUUGUGUUGAGAUGUGUAACAGUACUUCGACGGACCCUCAAGCCUACAAAAAUUGCCAAGAUAACUGUAUCACCAGUAACUAUCUCGCCUCUGCUACUUUACCAACUGGUACUAGCGCCACUGGUACCACCACGAGUGGAUCACCAGCAUCUCCGAGUGCAACUAAUAGUGCGGCAAACUCGACCGCUGACAGCACUCCUUCGUCCGCACUUUCAUCCCAUAGAAUGGAAUCACUUGGAAUUAACUUAUUUUCAGUCCUGAUUUUGUGGAUUUGUUUUGCUGCGGGAGCCUGGAGUUUUUGA